GAGUAGAGAGAGAGAGAGAGAAGACCUCCCCAGCAUGCCCGGCCUGCCUAGUGCCAUCCGCCAGGAGAGGCUUAAAAAGACAGGUGGGCGCCUCGCGUCUCCGGGGCUGUUCACCAUUAACGAAGAGGACGAGCAGCAGAGGAAUGGAGGCAGCAGGAAGGCCAAGGGAUCAGAAACUCAGCCUAAAGCAGAUGAGAAGAUUUCCUCGGCACCCCAUCGCCCUGCGUCAGGACAAAGUCCCACUUCCACCAACAAAAAUGAAACGCUACUGCUGAAGGUAGACGAAAGGCAAAGGCUGGCCAGAGAACGCAGAGAACAACGAGAAAAACAACUUGCUGCUCGAGAGUCUGCCUUGUUUGAAAGAGAAGAAAAGGCAAAGCAGUACUACGAAAAGCACCUCGAGGAGAGGAAGAAAAAAUUAGAAGAGCAACGACUCAAAGAAGAAAGACGCCGUGCUGCUGUGGAAGAAAAACGCAGGCAGAAGCUUGAGGAAGAAAAGGAACGUCAUGAAGCUGUUGUUCGGCGAACAAUUGAAAGAAGUCAGAAAGCCAAACAGAAACCUAACAGGUGGUCCUGGGGUGGGCCUCUUCAGAGCAGCCUCAGCUAUUCAAGUGGUUUUGUUGAGUCUGCUUUCCUCUUUCUCGAUUUAGCAGGCUUGGAGAACAAUGUUCAAGGUGGUAGUGGUUUUGGCAGAUAUGGUCCAAAAUCGAAAUAUGCAGACAGGAGAUCGGUCUCCACCGUGAACCUUUCAAAGCAUGUUGAUCCUGUCAUUAACAAGCGGCUCUCCUCCUCAUCUGCAACAUUAUUAAACUCUUCAGACAGAGCUCUGCAGAAAAGGAUUUCAGCUUAUGACCGACUUCAUCUGCAUCCUCCUAGCAGAGUCAAGUCCUCGCAAGAUCUACGGCAAAAUGUUUCAAGGGGAUAUAAGUCUCGUCGCCUGCAGCUCACUCCCUGGGAAAGCAAUAUUGUCAGCCGGCUGCUGACGCCAACUCAUUCCUACCUGGCGAGAAGUAAGAGUGCUGCGUCCUUGUCCGGGGAAGCAGCAUCUUGCAGUCCCUUGACUUCGGCAUCAUUCAAACCUACACGAUACAGAAGUUCAGAACGACCAAAGGUGAUUUCUUCAAACUAUGAACUCUCUGGACAUAGAAGAAGUGGGCCUUCGCUGUUUGUUAAUAAAAAUGACAAAGAAAAUGAGAAAGAAAGGAAAAGUUUAUCCAGUCUGACAGGGAGGUCAGUAGUGAAGAGAUCGCAGUCACCUGGAGUCAAAAGCAGAGCAAAGUCAUCCUCUCCAGUGAGGAGAACCACACCUCACAAAGUUACCCGGUCUGCCAACCCAAAACAAAUGAAAUCCCCUGCCAAGUCUGCAGAAGACUCCCCAAGUCAUAGUCGGCCCAUUUCUCCUGGUAACAUUAGGCCCGGGAGAACUGAGCAGAUUAUGGACCAUGAUGAUGAAGAAGAAGAAGAAGAUCAGACACCUGAUGAUCUACAGCAUUGGAGAGAACCAAAGCAGCAGCUGCACUCUUUACCUGUGGAGGGAACAAGAAAAUCUAAUUUUGCUGAAGGAGGAGGAGGAGGAGAGUCCACACCAGCUGUUUCUCAACCUCCAACUUCUUCCUUAUCCCAUCCUGGCGUAGUCGGCAAGACUUCAGCUGGUACGACUGACCCCGAAGAGGCCACAAGACUGCUGGCUGAAAAGAGACGUCAGGCACGGGAACAGAGAGAGCGGGAGGAACAAGAACGAAGGGAGAAAGAGGAGGCCGAAAGGAACAGAAGAGAAGAGCUACAGCGAAUAAAAGUAGAUGCUAACGCUAAUGAGAUGGGGGAAGCGCCGUGGCAAAAAGAAGAAAUUAGGAGAACUGAAGCAGAAGAAAAGACGAAUGAGGAAAGACAGCGGCAGCUUGAAGAAGACAGACAGAGGCAAAAGGAGGAGGAGGAGGAGAUGGCAAAACUUCAAAAACAGAAAGAAGAAGAAGAAGCUCGCCACCGCCAAGAGGCUGAGAGGCUGCGCCAGGAACGCGAGAGGCACUUUCUGAAAGAAGAACAAGAGCGCCUGGAAAGAAAAAAGCGCCUAGAAGAAAUAAUGAAGAGAACAAGAAAAUCAGAAACAAAUGAAAAGAAGCCGGUUACACAAAGAAAUGGGGAGAUAACUCAACAAAGUAAAGCUGCAGUAACAGAGGCUGCAUCCACAUUUGUAUCAGAGCAUCGGCAAAACGAUGAAAGUACUCAGCAAGCUUCAGGCAGCAGCUUACACGAGCUCCCUGAUCAAGUUGUGGAAACUGGAGAAAGUGAUAAUUCUAAAACUGAAAAUCAACCAAAAGAAAAUGGAAUCCCCAUGGAGGAUGACCGGUUUGAGGAGGUCAUCAAUUUAUCUGCCGAAGUAAAGCCGUCAAAGCUCGACAUUGCCAGGGAAGGAGAUGGCAAUGUUGGCACAAUAAUUCCUGUAAUUGCCUUUACAGAAAACGGCUCUCUUGGGACAUUAACAAAUGUGGAUGGCGUUCAGUCACCUCAAACAACAGAGGUUGUCUAAGGUCGAUCCCCAGAAAGCAGCUUGGGAUUUUCCUACUUUUGUGUUCCCGAUGUCCAAGGAGAAACGUGCAGCAUGAACAAAGGAAAAGUACAAACACUGAAUAUAACAAUUAUAAAAAGCAAAACAAACAAGUUAGAUAACCAGAAGCCUUUUCCAUUAGAAGACCAACUAAUGUCCCUUGCUUUACUCGAUCACUGUGUAUGCAUCGUGGAUUUUGUCCUCUUUUGUUUUCUUGACCAAUUUCCAGAAUUUUCCGCCCAGUUGCUGUGUGUCUAUCCACCAUAUCUUUAAAAUAGAAAACAGAUUUAAUGGUGCAACGGUCAGCGUGAGACUGUCGCGUCAGGGGUCUUAGAUUCUCCUCGAAUUAACUUGAUACUUGAAGAAUCCUCGUUAAUUUCCGUGAAGAAGUCCUCGAGGUUGAUUUUUUUUUUAAGCCUUUUUGGUUUAAACAUUCUGAGCAGCUUAACUCU